CAACUCCUUCUAAGCGAAUUAGCAAGUGGAUCAGGAUAUAAGAUUAUAUUCUCUUCGAUUUUCGAAAUGUCAGUUGUCGAAUGGGCUAACAUAGUAUGCAAAUAAUCACUACGAAGUCAGCUCGGUUUACAGCCCCAGUCUCCCAAGUGCAGUUAAAUCGACCUACUCGGCUCUCUUUUGCUUCUGCCUGUAUCGACUAUCUGGCCUUCAACUUCGUCAGCCGCCAUCAUAUCAUGGAGCCGGUGGUUGGUGCGCUUCAGGAGCAGGCUUUGAAAAGGAAAGAAAGAUUAAAGGCACUAAGAUCCAGACAGCUACAAGGGAAUGUUCCAGAAGAUGGGGAGCCGGACAGGAAGAGAAUGCUGGAAGAGGAGGAGGGUGUGGAAGAGAGACACAGAGAACUAAGACUGAGAAAUUACACACCAGAGGAUGAGGAACUGAAGGAGAGGCAGGUCCCCAAGGCCAAACCUGCAUCUGUGGAGGAGAAGGUUAAGGAGCAGCUGGAUGCUGCGACCCCCAAGCCAGUCAUUGAGGAAGUGGACUUGGUAAACCUCGCUCCCCGGAAGCCUGACUGGGAUCUGAAGAGAGAUGUGGCCAAGAAGCUGGAGAAGCUGGAGAAGCGGACGCAGAAGGCCAUUGCCGAGCUGAUCCGGGAACGUCUGAAGGGCAGCGAGGCGGAGCUGGCCGGUGCCGUCGGAGCCGUGAAGGAAGGAGAAGGGGAUUCGGACUGAGCCCUGGGACCUGGUCGAGGGAGCUGACUCUAAGACCUGGUGUCAUCAGAGGCCAAGGCUGUGAACUACCAGCCAUCUAUGCUGGAGGCCGGACAGAGAGAAGGUGUUUGACUUCAGCGUGAUACUGGACUUGCUGUUUACCCCUCAGAGCUGAUUUUUUUAUUAUAUAUGAAAAUAACCUGUUCAGAGGAGAAUCUGUUGUUGAAUUUUGUACAUAUUUUUCCAAGUAAACAUUUUGAAUUUUCAAAA